AUGGCAUCAAACAAUCACAAUGAUAGCCACGGCCAAAUUCCGAAUACCGGCAAAGAACCCAACAUCAUUCUCCCCUUUGCCCAGAAUUCUAAUACUUCGAAGGAUACGACUGGGUCAUCGGGUCUCAAUCGAGGAGACACAUCUCUGGAGAAGUCAUGGAAGCCGAAUUUUGAUCGCCAACAUAGCUGGAGUAACGAGGACCGCAAGCACCAGUUGCAAGGGCGUCAGAAUGGGUCGGAAAAGGGCAGGGAGAUGGGGUUCACAGAAGCACAUAGUGGGGAUUAG